AUGAAGUUCCAAUUGUUUUGCUUAUUCGCCUACUUAUGGCAAGCAGUCUUCGUGGCAGCUGCCGGUAAUAGCCCAAACUUUGUUCAGGGUGACCAGGGUUCAGUGUCUGUGAAGGCAACAAAUGGUUGUCCAUGUCUAGACUUUUCAUUCCAUGCUCAAAACACAGGUACAAUCCAAUACAAUGUAGAUGUCACUGACGUCAAAUGGGUGCAGGACAACAUUUACACUGUUACAAUACACACGUAUGGUUCCAAACAAAUUCCUUUAAAGUCUCUAUGGUCUUUGAAGAUCAUUGGUGUUAACUCUCCAGAUGGCGGGACUUUCCAGUUAUAUGGGUUCAACGAAAAGACUUUUAAGAUUGACAACCCAACCGACUGGAGUGCUACUUUCCGUGUUUAUGGUCAACCUGAUGGAUCGGAUCCAUCGAUUGUUUGGAUGCCUUCAUUCCAAAUCCAAUUCGAAUACUGCCAAGGUAACACCGAUUGCUCUAACUGGUCAUAUGGUGCAACUUCCUUCGAUUUGAUGACUGGUUGUAACAACUAUGACAACAUGAAGAGAUCUCAAACUGACGCUCCAAGUUACUUCUGGCCAGCCCAUGGAAGUGGAGAUGUCAAAUAUCCAAAGAAUUACCCAUGCGAAAAACCUAAGACUACUUCAUCGACCACUACUUCUAAGACUACUUCUAAGACUACUUCUAAGACUUCUUCAAAGACUUCUUCAUCGACCACUACUUCUAAGACCACUUCUAAGACCACUUCUAAGACCACUUCUAAGACCACUUCUAAGACUUCUUCAUCGACCACUACUACCACUUCGAAAUCUUCCGCUUCCAGUAAAACCACUUUGCAACCAAAACAACAAACAGCAACUCUUCCUAAAUCUAGCACCUCCGCUCCUUCUAGUUCGGCUAUUGUGUCCAACACUACUACAGCUCAACCAACUACUAAGUCUAGUUCAGCAAUUGUGUCGUCUACUGCAUCAUCAAAUACCGAAACUAGUGCUACAGUUUCAUCAGCAGUUGUGUCUAACACUACUACAGUUCAACCAACCACUAAAUCUAGUUCGCCAAUUGUUUCCUCCACUGCAUCUUCAUCUACCGAAACUAGUGCUACAGUUUCAUCAGCAAUUGUGUCUAACACUACUACAGCUCAGUCGAGUUCUCAGUUGUCAUCUUCUACAUCUUCAUCAGUUGGAUUGUCAUCUACUAUAGUCAAUAGUUCUUCUUCGUCUUCGACCAGCUCAGGUCCAAGCAACUGGUAUGCAAACUCUUCGACUACUUUGAAUCCAAAGCAGGGAACAGCUACAGUACCAGGACAAAAUCCAACACCAUUUGGCAAUACAGGAUUUGGCCCAGUACCAACCGGUCCAGCACCAACCGGUCCAGCACCAUCUGGUCCAGCACCAACCGGUCCAGCACCAUCUGGUCCAGCACCAACCGGUCCAGCACCAUCUGGCCCAGCACCAUCUGGCCCAGCACCAUCUGGCCCAGCACCAUCUGGCCCAGCACCAUCUGGCCCAGCAAAAUCUGGCCCAGCACCAUCUGGAAAACGAACCUCAGCAGUGGUUUCAAGUUCUGUUGUGAUAUCGAGCAGUGCUUCAACUUCUACAUCAGUAAGCUCUCCAGCUUUCUAUGGGAACAUUACUUCUCAUACUGUCCCACCAAACCCAAUCACAACAGCAAGAACACCUGGAAAGCCACCAGCAAAUUUCCCUAUUACGCACGGUACCCCCAUCGCUAACACAAGUGUUUCCGCAUUUUCAUCUACCACGACGUUAGCUGUUCCACCUGAAUCUCAAAGUGAAACUGCCGGUAUUACUACUGAUUCCGAAGGCGAGACUACCAGUACCGUCAUUCCUACUCCUGAUGGUCAAGGAACACCGGGGAAGCCAAGGGGUGGUAACCAACCACCAUCCAACCCAACUGGAGACGUAGUUACCUCUUACCAAACUGGUCCAAAUGGUGAAACUACAGGUACUGCUGAAGUUCCUCAACCAACCACUGCGUUUGAAACCACCUUGACUUCCGGUUCUAAUACCGUCGUUACUACCAUGACUCCUCCAUCGAAUCCAAAGGGUGGUAACCAACCCCCAUCCAACCCAGAUGGAGGCGUAGUUACCUCUUACCAAACUGGUCCAAAUGGUGAAACUACAGGUACUGCUGAAGUUCCUCAACCAACCACUGCGUUUGAAACCACCUUGACUUCCGGUUCUAAUACUGUCGUUACUACCAUGACUCCUCCAUCCAAUCCAAAGGGUGAUAACCAACCACCAUCCAAUCCAAACGGUAACCAACCACCAUCCAAUCCAAACGGUAACCAACCACCAGCCAAUCCAAAGGGUAACCAACCACCAGCCAAUCCAAAGGGUAACAACCAACCACCAGCCAACCCAGAUGGAGGCGUAGUUACCUCUUACCAAACUGGUCCAAAUGGUGAAACUACAGGUACCACUGAAGUUCCUCCACCAACCGCUGCAUAUGAGACAACCUUAACUUCCGGUUCUGAUACUGUCGUUACUACCAUGACUCCUCCAUCCAAUCCAAAGGGUAACAACCAACCACCAUCCAAUCCAGAUGGAGGUGUGGUUACCUCCUACCAAACUGGUCCAAAUGGUGAAACCACUGGUACCACUGAAGUUCCUGAACCAACCACCGGAUAUGCAACUACAGUUACCUCUGGUUCCAGUACUUUCGUUACUACCAUGACUCCAGAAGGUCCAUCCGGUCCAUCCGAUCCAUCCGAUCCAUCGAACCCAUCUGGAGGUGUGGUUACCUCCUACCAAACUGGUCCAAAUGGUGAAACCACUGGUACCACUGAAGUUCCUGAACCAACCACCGGAUAUGCAACUACAGUUACCUCUGGUUCCAGUACUUUCGUUACUACCAUGACUCCAGAAGGUCCAUCCGGUCCAUCUGAUCCAUCGAACCCAUCUGGAGAUGUGAUUACCUCUUACCAAACUGGUCCAAAUGGUGAAACCACUGGUACCACUGAAGUUCCUGAACCAACCACCGGAUAUGCAACUACAGUUACCUCUGGUUCCAGUACUUUCGUUACUACCAUGACUCCAGAAGGUCCAUCCGGUCCAUCCGGUCCAUCCGGUACAGCCAACCCAUCUGAUGGUAUUGUCACUUCUUACUUAACUGGUUCAGAUGGUGAAACCACCGGUACCACUGAAGUUCCUGAACCAACCACUGCAUACGCAACUACAGUUACCUCUGGUUCCAGUACUUUCGUUACUACCAUGACUCCUCCAUCUAAUCCAAACGGUGGUUCUCCAACCACUAUUCAACAAUACACUCCUUCUGGUUACUCAGGAGAACCAACGGCCAGCGUCUUCGAAGGUGCAGCCCCAUCUGUUGGUUCUGGCAGAUUCAUUUCUACUGUUCUACCAUUGGUACUUGCCGCUUUCAUGCUCUAG